CGGGACGCUAGCGAGUGGAUGGUGCGGUCCGCGGCUCGAGUGCACACACACACACACGCACGCACACAUACACACGCGCGUGCCACUCGCAGGAGACUUAACAAAUCGCACUCAGGAGUCAGCUGGUGGUGCCCUUCGUCUGGCCGUCUUGUGCAGGUCAGGUGUCCUUGGAGAGGCGGGCCGCCAGCUUAGGCCGACUCACAGAAAACGGUGGUGCUCAGUGCUGGGCCGAGAGCGCGCCAAAACGGAGGCAGCGCCCGCCGAGAGCGCACGUGUGCCGCUCGCUUCCUCAGUUGCUCCUGGUCUUCUGUAACACGUGCACUCGCCAGGUCCUAGUGAUGAUCCGGCCAAGAGCAGUCCGAGGCCGGCUCCCCGUGGGGCGUAGCUAGCCAUGGCGAGCGGGUCGCACCAUUGCAAGGACUGCGGCUUGUACUUUGAGAGCGCGCGGUCCCUCGAAGUGCACCUUCAGUAUCACAAGGAAAACCUCAUGAACAUGUGGAUGGGCAGUGAUGAGCGUGGACGUGAGGGUGGUGCGCCGGCACCCUCACCUGUGCAAGGUGAUCUGACGCCCUUGGGAGUGAGCAGCAGUGAGGGGGGUUUAGUGAGCAGUUCAGUGCAGAGUAUUAAUGCUGGAGUCGGCUCCAGCUCCUUCAGUGUGCCAUCACCAAUGCAGUACGAGUACAAGAUGUCUCCAGGUAUGCAGUCUCCGCAGGGAGGUGUUGUGCCUCAGGGCCCUCCCUCAGGGCACGGCCUCACGGUCGGCUUCCCUCAGCAGUCGCCCGGAGGCUUCUAUCCAGACUUCGGCCAGCAGCAUCUACACCAACCACAACAGUUUGGUGGGUACCAGAUAGGAGGGUUUCUCAAUGGUAGCUUCGAUGACGGUUUCUACGGACGGGGGGCAAACACUGCCCCAAGGUUUCACCCCUACAUGGGUCGGUCUCCGGCGCCGACGCCCUCUCCUGGCAACCCUCACACAGAUAUCAAGGAGGAGAUGCCGACAGCAGACACGCCGGAGAUCCUCGACCUGGACUCGCAGAAGGUGCUGGGCAGCAGUGGCAUCCCACAGCAAUCUCAGCCACAGCAGCCGGGGCCGCUGCCGCCCAUGUGGCGACCUCAUGAGCAAUUUCCUUCUCCGAGCGGGUUGUCCAUGAGUGGCCUCCCGCCCCUACCGCAGGCGGGCUACCCUGGGCCUCCUGCUCCUCCCCAGCACAUCCCCGGACUGGGUGGAGGAGGCGGCGGCAGCUCCUACCUCUCGGGCGGCGGGGGCAGCAUGGGCGGCUACCACCCGCAGGGGAUGACCACCACGCCCCAAGCCAUGAGCAGCCCCAGCAGCAUGUCCAGUAGCAUGCCCAGCAGCAUGUCUAGCAGCAUGUCCAGCAGCAUGUUUGGUGCUCCGCCACAGUCCCCGCGAGAGUCUGCUCCUCCUUCAGAAUUCGCUUCCAACGUCAAAAGGCCGAAAAGCUUCAAAUGUGAAGACUGCAAUAAAUGGUUCACGAGUCACGGGCACCUCAAGCGGCACUACAACACCACGCUACACAAGAACAUGACCAAGAACAACAGUAACAACGCCAACAGGUCCACGCCGGACCCCACCAGGCCGCCCAUACUCUCCCCGGGCGCCAAGAGCAUAGGGGAAGCCUCCAACCUCUCCAGCCAGGACGAGGAGAGCAACCUGUCUGCCGCAGACGCCUUGGAUACGCCGCCGCCCCCUCCCAUGCAGCAGCCUCCGCCUGCAUACAACCCACCAACAUCCUUAUCAGGGUACCAGCCUCCAGGCGUCCCAGGGCCCUCACAGGGGCUCCAUCCUGCGCAACAGUUCGGUCAAGCACAACACUACCUAGGGGGAGAACAGCCCCCGACGGCACCCACGCUAUACCACGGCCACUUCAGCACCAACCCGACGGGGUUUGGUAGUCAACCUCCAGCUUCUAUGGGGGGUGGUCCCCCUUUUUACCCCGGCAGCGGGAACAACAGUUUCGGUGGUUAUCAGUCGCAGGGGGGCCUCCAGGGCCCGGGGUUUCAUUCCAUGAAUGAUUUCCCCGGGCCGAGCCUGGAUGGCUUUAGCAGUUUCAAGCUUGAGAGUGAGCACGGAGCGAGCGCCAUGUCUCGCUCCCCGGAGCCAGCAGGGGGCGACACCGGGUCCGAGGCUUCCAUGGACUCCAGCGAGUCCGGCGGCACAAGCACAAGUGUCAGCACCGAGGGUUCCUUCAGGUGCCAGGACUGCGGCAAGUUGUUCAACCGCAUGUGUUACUUGACGCAACACCGGACAACCUACCACGAGGGUGAGAAGCCUUUCAAGUGCGGCACUUGUGGCAAACGUUUUCCUGACGAGCUGACGUUCAACGACCACCAGAGCAAGCACGCGGGAGACAAGCCCUACAAGUGUGAAGUGUGUCCCAAGCAGUUCAACCACAAGACUGACCUGCGCCGCCACAUGUGCCUCCACACCGGAGAAAAACCCUUCACGUGUGAGCAGUGCGGUAAAGGGUUCAUCAGGAAGGACCACAUGCUCAAGCACUUCCAGACGCACCGCAAGAAAGCCAUGGCGGCCGCUGCUUCCGCCACCCCCUCCCACCCUCCCCAGGGGCCUCCCAUGAGCCAUGGUCCACCAGGCUUCCCGGGACACCACCCGGGCCACCGCCCAGGUGUCCCACACGGUGCCAUGGCCCACCCUGGUCACGGUCCUCCUGGCCACCCAGGCCACCCUCCACACGUGGUGGCUCCUCAAGUUUACUGAUGAUGGCCUAGCUGUGGCCCCGGAGUGGGCGGCGUGUACCCCUGUGGGUGACCUGGCCGCACACGCCCGCGCCCGUCUUCCGCCGGUGCUGAGUUCCUGUGGCCGCCACGCCCCGCAUCUACCUCACGCGGCUUCCGCCGCCCUGUGAUACCGCGCCAACAUUCCAUGCCGCGGGCGGCCGCCCAUGUGCCAUACUGACCCCGCCGCCCCUCGGGUGGCAAGGGUCGCCCCGGCUCGGCCCCGUGCCUCGCGUUCCGUGCCUGAGGCCUCCAUUACCUCGCAUCAUGUCCUCAUCUUACUGUGAAACACACCCGCUCAGAGGCUCGUGGUCGCCAGUGUGCAGGGAAGUGACGAUACCUGUAUCAGUAUUGUUGUGGCCGCCGCCCGGGUGAGCUGACCCGCGCGACCCUCACCUCCUACCUCACACACCCCCCCCCCUCACCCCAACAACUAUCUCCAUUUCCAAACUGUACACGAUGGACGGUAGAGCGACGGUCUUGCUUCGUGCAGGUCGGCGUUCAAUCCCCGACCGUCCAAGUGGUUGGGUACCACUCCUUCCCCCAAUCCCAUCCCAAAUCCUUAUCCUGACCCCUUCCAAGUGCUAUAUAUGGUAGUAAAGGCUUGGCGAUUUCCCCUGAAAAUUCCCUCCCCCAACCAUCACACCUUCUGCCACUUGCCUCUGAUCAAGCAUCAGACUCAACCAAUUGUUUCAUCAUUCAUCUCUCGCACCGACUUACCUGUCUCGUGCUCCCUUCCCCUCCCCUGCCCUCCCCAGAGACCAUUCCCUCCGCUGACCUGACGGUGGGGACCUCGCCUUGUCCGGGGUCUGGUGUGACCCCCACCAACCACCGCCUACAGAGAGUGAAGGUGUCGAGAGGUGGCGUCUUAGAGGCUUGGUGGGGAAGUGAUGGUGGUGGAGCAACAACCCGGGCGCCACCAGCUAGAACGGUUACACAUACAAUACCUCAGAAUACUCGGUAUACCUCAGCGUGUGUCAAAACUUAUGCACAAAACCUAACAGGGUUAGUAAUAUGCAAGUGAUAAUAUGCUACUUGGUGUCAUGGUGACGUGAAAGUGAUCUUGGUGUAACGGUUCAGCCCGCCUCUUUCGCUCGACCAGAUUGUGAAGCCAUUUUGGCUCUUUAUUAUUUUUACAUGAUGAUUAGCGGUCUGUACCCCCUUGGUGUCUGUGUCAACGCGCCAACAAACACGCCCCACCCCCCUACUCUCUCCUCCCCCCUCAUAAUUUGAUUUUAAUAUUAUCAAUUUGUUAUGAAUUAUCAAUUUCAUCCAAUUGUUUCGAUUGUAUUUAAGUUCGUUUGGUGGUCUAGAUGGCCAGCAGACGAGCCUAUUUUAUUGGUCUACCUCAUUGGCCUGAAAUUAAUGAAAGACAAUUAUGUUAUUAGACUUUUAUCCCCUUAGUUGGUGUCUAAGGCUGUUAUCCAGUUGUGUUGAGGGUGCCGAGGGCCAUCUUGUAUAUCAUUACCGUUAAUGUUAUAAUAAUGAAACUCAAAUUUAGACCUUAGUGAUAUUGACUUUAGACAUUAAUAAUGCCAUUUGUGUUACGGAUUUUAGAUUUCUUUUUAAGAAUAAAGACUAGUUUUUGUA